AUGGGGCUAGAGGAGUGGCUGCUUUGUGGCAUUUGUUUGCUCCAUGUUUUAGAGCCACUGCGACCUUCUACUACAAUAAACUAUCAAGCAGCAACUCGUUUCAUUGAGCAUUCUUUGCCUGAUCUAACAGCAGAACAGAAGCAAAGUAUGCAGGAUAUCAGUAGAAGGGAGGGGCGUAAGAGCAGUUUUCAUGAGCACCGGGGCUCCCGCAAGAAGAGGAAGGGCCCGUCAUCUGAGAAACACCAAUCUGUUCGAGAUGCUGCACGGGAGUUCCUCGAGAAGGCGACACGGGAGCUUCUCGGUGCUGAAGAUGAUGUGAGGGGGCCUCUGAGAAAUCAGAGUUUGGAUGAAGAAGAUUUGUCGAUGAUGAGUUGAUGGUUAUUCAGUCAUCCAGGUUCGAAUUGAUGCUUAUGUCCACCCCAUGCCUUAUUGUAGCAGGAUAGUGUGCCACUCAACAUUUACCCUUUCUUUGUGUUGAGAAUGCUAUGAUUUUUACUUGUUUUG